AUGCGCAAUCUUGAGAAAGGGAAAAGAGCGUUUUUAUUUCUGGUUCAGCGUGUAUCAUCACAACAACAUAAACAACAACACUUUAACACCUUCAGCAGUCGGAGCAACGCAAAGAGGAUGCCGCCGCCGAAAAAGAAAGAGGAACACCUACCACUCACGGCCGCUCGGUUCGGCCGAGUGAAGAAUACUCUGAAAAUGGGCAUCGUUGGUUUACCGAACGUCGGGAAGAGCAGUUUGUUCAACCUUUUGACGAAGACAGCGCUCGCCGCGGCGGAGAAUUUCCCGUUUUGUACCAUCGAACCGAACGAGAGUCGGUGUCCUGUUCCGGACGAGCGAUACGAAUACUUGUGCAACCUGUGGAAACCGCCGUCGAUGUACCCGGCGUUUUUGCACGUGACGGAUAUAGCGGGGCUUGUUCGCGGCGCGAGCGAAGGCGCGGGAUUAGGCAAUGACUUUCUUUCGCACAUACAAGCUGUGGAUGGGAUUUACCACGUCGUGCGAGCGUUCGAUAGCGACGAGGUGAUACACGUGGACGACUCCGUCGACCCAAUACGUGAUUUAGAAACUAUCAACCACGAGUUGUGCGCGAAGGAUUUAGCGGCGUUGAAGAGAGCCAUUACGGACGAGGAGAGAGACGUGAAGAAAUCAAACGGGAUGAAAUUGUCUCAGCUUUUUAAGGAUACCAUGGCGAAAGUCGAGCAGAUGUUAUCGAACGAUUUACCUAUUCGGUCGGGAGAGUUUAGCACUCCAGAAAUUGACAUGAUCAAAAUGAAACUCGGGAAUUUGAUCACCACGAAACCGAUGAUCUAUGUUGUCAACCUGACGAAGAAGGACUUUAUUCGGAAGAAAAACAAAUGGUUGGUAAAAAUUCACGCGUGGAUUAAGGAGCAUGGCGGAGGGACGAUGAUUCCAGCGUCAGUCGAAUACGAGCAAGAAGCGUUCGAUAUAGGCGAAGAAAAUUUAGAAGCGUUUGAAAAAGAAAACGAAGGCGCGAAGUCAAUUUUGCCGAAGAUGAUAGUUCAAGGCUACAAAGAGCUGAAUUUGAUAUACUACUUCACCGCUGGCGAGAAAGAAGUGAGAUGUUGGACAGUGCAAGAGGGCGCGUUGGCGCCGCAAGCGGCUGGGGUGAUUCACACGGAUUUUGAGAGGGGCUUCAUCAAAGCAGAGGUGUGCUCGUUUGAGGAUUUCAAGUCAAUCUCAACGACGAAUUCGAUGGCGGAAGUGAAAGCCGCCGGGAAGUACAGACAAGAAGGUAAAACUUACGUCGUUAAAGAUGGCGAUAUCAUUCAUUUCCAAUUCAACGUCACGGCGGCGAAGAAGAAAUAA